AAAAAGUGUUGAGACGCAAUCGAGCCUCCUCCCACUCUUUUGCCUUCCCCGCUAGCCGAGUGGCUCGUCCCUUAUGCUCAGACCAUCGCAUACGAUUGCUUCACAUUUUUUUGCCUCUAAAGGCAGAAACACGCGAUGCAGAAAAAACAAUCGCACUCGAAGUCCACAUCACACCCGGUGGUUCAAAAGAAGGGAAAAAAAUGGGUGGAGUUAUCACGACACGCACACCAUUGAUUCAUUCCAGCAAUCUAAAUCUACCUCGCAGAUCAUUCACAGCCGUUACUCUUAUCUCAGAAACUAUCACAAAAUGCCUGCUGCCAGACGUAACACGCUGACUGCCCAAUGCUCUGUCUGCCAAAGGGUCAUUAGCCGCAAGGCCGAUCUUCCUAGACAUAUGCGUACGCACGCUGAGAACAAGGAUGAACUUAUGCACGCGUGUCUAUACGAUGGCUGCGAUUACAAGACCCUACAAUGGUCUAACCUCCAGACCCACAUCAGGACCCACACUGGUGAACGCUGGAAGAAGUGUCCUGAAUGUCCGUUUUCCACAACUGACCCAGGCAGCCUGACGCGACACCGCAAGUCAGAACAUGGCUACAAGCCCAAGGCACGUCGCGCUCGCGACGACGGAAAAGCUACUCGCAGAGGCGCCGCUGCGCCUUAUCCCUCCAUUCGAUUUGUGGAGCCAGAGGUCUCAUGCCCUGGGGUGCGCUCUCGCCUCCCGAGUCCAAAAACUCCCAAUACUCAGGGGAGUUCACGGCAAUCACCUUCGACCAACUCAUCCCCCAUCUCUCUGCGACCAUCAUCUCCAUAUGUGGUCAGCCCUCUCAGCUCUCCGUGCCCACCCCGGACUCCUUCCAACCUUCGUCCAUCCCCGCCGAUCUCUCCGCUGUCUCCAUCAAACCGCAGCUACUCUCUGCCGCCACGCACACGAAGCACGUUCACAAUGCCGGAUUUCAGUUUCAGUCCUAGCCCAUCUCCAGAACCGAUGUGAACAAUGGAUUACCGGUGGAAUUGGAGGUAAAUAGGGUUUGGGAUUUUUUGAAGGCCGCUGUGAGUACCCUGAACAUGCACUGUAUUCGAUGGCAAAGCCCUCGUCUAUAAUCGAAUACAACGUAUACUGAAAUCUUCGUUCUGAUCUUUCAGCAUUACAAUUACAGGUGGGACUGGAAAUUAUCAUUAUUUAUAUCACACUUGCAUCUUUUGUAUGUACUAUCUACCCCACCUAUCACGACCUUUAAAUUACAGGAUGUACCAGCGAAUCUCAUUACUAUGAAUUGAUUAGAAUCUUUUCUUUUGAAUAUGAACGCGAUUGAUCACGUGGAUCUAAAAUCA